UUUAGGCUGAGCAAAUUUGUUCUUUCCAUUUUUACAGUUUCUGGUGACGCCACGAAUAUUUCACGUUUUUUCGCAUAUAUUAAAAUUUUUAUAUAAAGUCGCACUGCAACUAUCAUAUUUAUUGAAGCAUAAGUACUGUGUUAAUGUUAUAAAAGUUAGUUACUUAGUGAACAAUGAAACCUGAUAACUUAAACAAUCUCUCAGAGAAACCUCGAUCAUGCGAGGACUCAAUCACUGAAAACAAUUCGCUCAGUAGCGAUUCUGAUACUGAAGAUACGACUUGGGAGCCAAUCGACCAAAACAGAAUCAUCCAAGGACUAAAGAAAAUUAUUAAAAAAUAUAAAACCAAAAUAAAUGAUCUGGAAAUGCGUUUGGCAAGUGAAAAAGAAAAGUCCCAUUAUAAGGACGACUUAAUAAAGUCAUUGCGUAUGUCGAUCGAUCUGGUUGUUCAAAACAAAGACUUAAACAUAAAGCAAAUGCAAAAUCAAAUUAUCGAGCUUGAAAAUGCGCUUGACUUGAGCAAGAGUCAGAUUUCAAAUAAAGAUAAGGAAUCAUCCGGCCUUAUAGACUCUGACAAAGAAAAAAAACAUAUCAACUUUGAGGGGGAGUCCCAUAAUAACCAAAAUAACACUACAGAGAAAAAGCAAAUCAUAAAGCUAGAGUGUUUAGUUCAUAAAAAGAAUGAAGAGCUUGAAGAAUUAAACAGAAAAACCCAAAUAUGUGAAGCUAAUCUGUCAGAGAAGGAAAAUCAAAUAACCCAGCUAGAGUCGAAAAUCAAAAACGAUGAAGAGAAGAUAAACGAAUUGAAUGAAAAAUUAUCUAAAAUCACCCUAUAUACCGAAACAAGUCAAAGCCAAAGUGAAUCGCAAAUAUUUCUCAACUGCUCUAAAGUUCCAUCAGUAAAAUUGGUCACGCUUCCUAAAUUUGAGCCCUUCCUAGCAGUUUUUGAAGAUAUUCCCUGUGCUGGCUCUGACUGGAUGGUUAUACAGCGCCGUAUCGAUGGAGAACUCUCGUUUGAAAAUACUUUUGGCUUGUAUGUAAAAGGUUUUGGUGAUCUAGCAGGAGAAUUAUGGCUAGGCCUCGAAAAAGUGCACAGGUUGACUGCAAAUCGUAGGUAUGAACUAUGCAUUGAACUAGUCGAUUUUGACGAUGCUAGAGCCUUUGCACGAUACGAUCACUUUGUUGUUGGAAGCAAGGAAGAGGGGUAUACUCUAAAGUCUCUGGGUGAAUACUCGGGAAAUGCAGGCGAUGCUUUGCGGAGUCAUACAAAUGAAGUUUUUCAAUUUAAUAUGAGAUAUCGUAAUUGGUGGAACUUUAAAGAUUGUAAUUUGAAUGGAACAUACAACAAGUCCAAAGCUGUGUUGGAAACUUGGAAUGGAAUAUGGUGGGGUCGUUGGAAUCUGAGCCAACAAAUUUCGCUGAAAUCGUGCAAAAUGCUAAUUAGGCCAAAACUCUGAAAGCGAGGAGAAGUGGCUGUGCUAACACGUUUUUUACUUUAACUUAUUAGUUUUAAGUGCUACCAACGUAAGUUCUUCUGUUCUGUUAAAAAUCUUGAAACCAUUUUGUAAUGCAUUAAUGCUGUUUAGCCAUAAGAUUAUCUGUUUAAGAUCGCCAUGACUUAAUAUCAAUAUAAAAAUCAAAAAUAAAGUGAUUUCAAUGGAAACAUCAAUAGUCUGGCAGCACUGUCGGCUUGAUAGUUUUCCCAUCUGGCAACGUCUA